UUAGCGCGCUCAUCACUAAAUAUUAGUAUAUGUACAUAAUAUGAAAAGAGAAGAAGAAGAAGAUAUAUAAUGGAAAAAUGUGGUGAGCGACUUGGAUAGUCCAUGGCGGCCGGCUGCAGCUUUUGACCUGAGUAGAGAGCUGUGGAAGAGUUUGCUAUGGAACUCUAAAGACCUCACUGCCUUCUUUAUGUAUGAAUAGGAAAAAAAAGUUGUGACUGGCUAAUUGACAUCUAAGUCUAUGUCAUAAAACCAAAAAAAAGAGCAGAUUGUAAUCGUCACUGUCGGUUUGACGCUCCACUCCUAUCUCGAUGGUUUGACGUAUUUCCUAAAUUUCUGUCAGACACUUAAAUAAAUAAAUGUAAGGAAUAUUCUUACUGUUAUUAUUAAUGACAAAAAUUUAAACUUACAAAGAUACGCCAGGAAAAUACAGAUAAUAUUUUAAAUGGAGAAGUAACCAUUCCUAAUACUAAAAAAAUCAUAAAAAAAAUAAAAUAACACAAUAUCAGCUCCAUUAGGUAUACUAUUUAGUGUAGUUGAUAUUUAUUUACACGUCUCCUUUAUCAUUGAUAAGAUUAUCUGCGAUGAAGUAAAUCAAUUGUCAAAAUAAUUUAUUUUUUUACCUGCGGCGAAAUUGUUCAGUUCUCCAUUAGCAGUUGUCGAAAAUGUCCGAAAUGUUCGUACGAGUUUUGUGUUCUAUAUGUUUAGUUGUUAAUAUGUGUACAGCUGUAGAGGAAUACGUUGUCGACCAGGAAUACUAUAAAAGUCUGGGAUAUACAGGACCAAAACCCACUUUUUCAAAAAAAGUUUAUACUGUUAGAGUCGAUGGAAUAAGUUUUGAGCUCGUAGAUCCAAUUGUAUUGGAUAACUGUGAUUCGAUUGAUACUAUUUUUGAUGUAGACACAAGCAAAUCCGAUUAUGUACCAAUACCAGGUGAACACGCGCUCAACGUCAGCUCCGAUUGCACACUGAUGUUUCCGCUUAUAUUCAUGAAGACAAAAGGCUUCAGCAAUCAACCCUUCGGAGGAUUCAUCACCAUCAGGGCACUUCACAAUAAAUACGUCUUGGAUGUUACUUCGCUAGUUCUGAUACCAAAGUCAGAUCCUAGAGAUAUUCGAAUAAUUUUUGAAGUUGAUGGAACCGAAUAUAUAAUUUUAAACUACUUUUAUUUAAAAAUAACGUUUAUUUCAAUUUUGCUGAUCACUGCUUUUAUUCUAGCCAUUGAAAUUAAGGAGAUCCAUAAUAAAUUUACAACACAAAGGUAUAAACAUCUAGAGACUAAUAUUUAAAGUUAUUUAGGAUCUUUAUAAUAAUUUAUUAACAAAUAAUGUGGGUGAUAUUUUUUUAAUAUCUUGUACAAUCAAUUUGUGUUGUGGUGCCUUGCACCUUUUUCUAGUUCAAUAAUUUUGAUUGAUAUAUUAUUGUUUUGACUGAGAGUUAUUAGGAAAAAUGACUCCUUUGUUUAUUUAUGCACCACGCAUCUCAUGAGUAGACCACGGUAUUAAAAUACAAUAUUUAUUUGAUGUUUUGGCUUCCAGAAUAACUACUAUUUUUGCAUUUUUUGAGUGAUUCCGAUUCAUUACCGAUUCAUUCUUCAUCUCAAUCGCUUAGGCGUGUGGUAAGCGUCCAUUGUAUACCUCUUGUGUCGGGGUCUAGUUUUGAGAGAGCAUUGUCUACAGCUAUGUUAAAAAAAACGGAGAAAGCAUGGAUCCCCGUCUGACUCCAGUAAAUAUGUUAAAUUCGUCACUGUUGAUCCCAUUUUGUGUCACAUUGAAUUUCGCCUCAGUGUGCAGUGACUUUAUGAUGAAAAUUAUUUUUUGCAGGAUGUUUUUCAGCUCUAAAAUUUUCCAUAUAGCAGCAUGAGAUAAGCUGUCAAACGCACGCUUUAAAUCGACAAAAUCCAUAUCGCACCUCCGCUCAAACAGUGUCACAACUAAAAGAAAAAAAUAAAAUGUAUACCUAAUAUAUGUCUGAAUUGCCGAUAUGAAAGAGUCAGAUUAAAUUAAAUUAUUAGAAGAACUUUUUACUAAGCAAAAUCAUUUUUGUUUAAUUUAUUAAUAUUUUGUAUUUUGAUAACGACGUCCGAAGUGGAAGUCGAAACGUUGAUAAAAUCAUUUUUUUAAGUUAAAUUGUGGUUGAUAUCCCAAUUAGAAUAGUGAUUUAAAAUAAAUGGUACUCCGUUAAAAGGUAAAACUUUUAUUGGGGGUGUUUUCGCCGGGGCUGUUUUAGUCGGGGCUGUUUUAGCCGGGCCUGUCUUGACCGGGGAUAUUUUGUGCGCGAUCUAUUUUGUCGGGGCUAUUUUGUUUAUGGGCUAUUUUUUCGAGGCUAUUUUGUAUCCGGGCUAUUUUGACGGGGCUUUUUUGACCGGGUCAUUUUGACGGGUCACGGUUAACCAGAUAAUAUGUAAUGAUGAUAAUAGGCUACUGUACUGUUAUCUACUGCAAGAGUCACUUUUGAUAGAUAAUAUUUCGUGAAUAUUUCAUUAUUUUAUCUGUAUAGUGUCACAACUCAAAAAAAAAAUAUUUUUUUUUAAAUAUUUUUACCAGAAUUUAUAUAUCUUGUAGAGCUUCAAAAACCUUUGUAACUGACUAAAAUAGUUAUUAUACUAAUUUUAACAGUUUUUAAUUUAAACCCGGAAAAGUCUAGCACAAAUUUUAAAGGUCGCUUUCUCGAUACUUUGCUUUUUUUACUUAUGACACUCUUUGAGCGGAGGUGCAAUAUACAUAUAAUGGUGUAUUAUUUCAAUUUAUUGUUACAUUAUUACCAUCACAGUAUUGAUGUGGUCUAUGUAGGAGGGUUCUGGUCUAAAGCCUGCUUUAUUAGCUCGAAAUUCAACUUUGUUAAUCUUUUCAGUAUGAUGGUUGUCAAAAUAGUCCAUGUGGUGAGACCGCUCCCGUUUGAAAAACAUUUCUAAUUCGGUCUCUCUCCGGAUUCAUUUUCAAAAAUGUCCCCUUUCAACAAAUCUGAAGGGUGCCGGACGGAAUUUUUGGGCAGAAAUUGAUUAAACAAUUUUUUUAAACAAAUACAUAAGAUCACCUUUUAUUGCUCCAAAAAAUAUAUUUUUAAAGUUUUUGGGUCAUUCUAAACAAGAAAGGUAUCUUUCGAGGCUUAAAAACUCAUAUUUAAAUUAGUAUUUUUAAGGGUGCCAGUAACUUGGAUUAAAGUUUAAACAUUCCUUUUCAAGAUUCCAAAGAGUGAUCGGGUCUAACUUCAAUUUAGACCGUAGUUUUUAAUUGUUCAUUAUGCGUGUACAUCCGGUUUUUUGCCGGUGCGGCGCGGACUAUUUUCAAAAAUCUCCUAUUUUCAUCCGAAAAAUAUUUUUUCUCGAUUCUUUGGGACAUUCUAAAUAAAAUAAGUUUCUUGACACUUUUCUCAAAAGUUAAUAGUUUUAAAGUUAUAAGCGAUUUAAAAUCCGAAAAAUGACAAAAAAAACACAUUAAUUUUAAAACUACAUAGUUACUUUUGAGGAAAAUGUCAAGAAACUUAUUUUAUUUAAAGAAUCUAGAAAAAAUAUUUUUCUGAGGAAAAUAGGAGAUUUUUGAAAAUAGUGCGCGCCGCACCGGCAAAAACCGGAUGGACACGCAUAAUUACCAAUUAAAAAACUACGGUCUAAAUUGAAGUUGGACCCAAUAACUCUUCGGAAUCUUGAAAGGGAAUGUUUAAACUUUAAUCCAAGUUAUUGGCACCCUUAAAAAUUCUAAUAUAAAUAUGAGUUUUUAAGCCUCGAAAAUGCGUAUUGUCGCAUUUUUUAGAUCUUAAAUCGCCUAUAACUCAAAAACUGUCAAUUUUUGAGAAAAAUCACAAGAUACCUUUCUUGUUUAGAAUGACCCAAAAAAAUAUAUUUUUUGGAGCAAUAAAAGGUGAUCUUAUGUAUUUGCUUAAAAAAAUUGUUUAAACAAUUUCUGCCCAAAAAUUCCGUCCGGCACCCUUCAGAUUUGUUUAAAGGGGACAUUUUUAAAUAUGAAUCAGCAGAGACACCGAAUUAGAAAUGUUUUUCAGACAGGAGCGGUCUCACCACAUGGACUAAAAUUUUAUUUAUGAAGGUAAGCAAGGUUAUUAUUCUCCAAUUUUUGCACAGUGUGAGGUUGUCCUUUUUUGAAAGCUUGGUAAUGUUAUAGUUUUCUAGACUGCUGGAGUGCGGUUUGUUUCCCACACCUCUCGGAUUAUUAGGAGCAAAAGUUCAGCAGUUAGAUACCUACGGGUCAGUUUUUAGUAUUUCGGCAGCAAUUUUGUCGAUUCCCGGGGACUUGUUUCUUCUCAGAGAUUUGAUAGCUAUUAUUAUCUCCGUUUUGGAAGGAGUUUCUGAAAUUUAGGUUCCUGUUCCUAUAGCUUUUCUAUAUUUCUUAUUUUUCUUCUUCUUUUCAUUUAUGUUGUCCCUAAUGAAGAUUGGCAAUAAACUUUGCCAAAUAAAAUUUUAUAUACUGCAAAAUAUAAUGUCAUUAUAUUUAUUUUUAUAAUAGUUAAUGUUUUGUUUUGUAAAUACACAAAUCUGGACCUCGUAGGUAAACUACAACACUAUGUCGACAUGUUGUUUUUUUAACAAGUUUUUUCAAUCCACUUGUUUUAUUAUUUGGAUUAUAGAAAUUGAUUAUAUAUUAUCAUUAAAAUAUAGACGUAUUGUCUAUCAAACCAUUAUGGCUAAUACCAGAUUUGUAUUAAUAUUCUAAGUGCUCUUAACUUUGUUGCAAACACACGCUAAACACAGUUUCUCGAAAUGAUAUAGUGUAGUUUACCUCAGAGGUCCAGAAAUGUAUUAUUACAUUAUUUAUUUAUUGUCUACUAUCAGCCCUAAUUGUAAAAUAAAGUUGGGUAUUAGUCUAACCUUUUAUUUUAUUGCAUUAGAGUUAUUAAACUGUCAUGUGUUUUACUUUAAUAUUUUAAGUCAUAAAAUUUUAAAUCCUUACUUUAUAGUUCCAAUUUGUUUAACCAACGCAGUGCAAAAUAUAUGUCAAUGACUCUUGGAAAAUUAGUUUUCUUGAUUAUUGUAUUGUAUUCUGAAAUUUUUCUAUGUUACCAUUAAUAAUAGUAGUGUUGAUAUUAUUCAAACUACAUAAUAUGUAAUUAAUAAACGAAGUAAUCCUUGUGUAAAUAUUCUAUGUAAAUAAAUAUUUUUAUAUAAAAUA